AUGGAAAAUACUGCUAUUGUUGCUAUUCUAGUUUGCGCCAUUUCUGCGGCAUUUGCUCAAUUACCUGUGCCAUAUUUUGAAAGACCGGAUAUGAUCACCACGAAUACAAGAUGCAUCGCAUGUACAAGGGCAGCAGCUUUUCGAACGAACAUUGAUGGCCAAGAUACAAUUGCCCAAUGUUCAUCUGGGAACGAUGUUAGAGAUCGAUGCCAAGGAUGCUGUGAAGUUUAUGCCAUUUACAAUGGAAGACAAAAAGCUGAAGCGGCUAGUUUCCCCAGCAAAGAUGGAAGCUGUAUUUGCUGCAUGACAUGUUGA